UUCUUGUCCCCUCCUCUGCCCGGCGCUACGUUAAGCCGCCUGAAUUCUCGCCUUCCCUCUGUUUUUUUUUUUUUUGAGGGAACCCCAGCACAGACCCGGUGUUGAAAUCCUGGGCUCAACAUCGCAACAGACGAAGCUGAAAUAAAAGCUUUGAGUAUGUGCAGGAUAUCCGAGAUGGACCCUCACGUUUCAGUGGCACUAUACCUUUUCGUCUGAAUAUCAGUCACAGGAGGGCCAUCGUCUUCAUGCUGUGCUUAUAGGGUGGCUGGAGGCAACAGAGGACGGGACUCCUGCGCCUCUGAUUAGGUUCUGCUAUUUUGACACUCUUGUUAGCUGGAUACCUGGCCCAACAGUAUUUACCUAUGCCCACACCAAAAGUAAUAGGGGUUGACCUUGGCACCACAUAUUGUUCCGUUGGCGUUUUUCUUCCUGGUGCAGGGCAGGUGAAAGUGAUUCCUGAUGAAAGUGGGCACCACAGCAUCCCAAGCAUAGUGUCAUUCACAGAGAGAGAUGUUUAUGUGGGAUAUGAUGGGCUAGAGCUGGCAGAUUCAAACCCACAAAACACUGUGUAUGAUGCCAAGCGUUUUAUAGGGAAGCUCUUUACGCCAGAAGAACUUAUAAGUGAAAGCAGAAGAUACCCAUUUAAGAUUCUUAACAACAAGGGAGCUCCUGAAUUUUCCAUUGCAACCAAUGAGACUUAUAGUGUAACACCAGAAUACAUUGGUUCUCAACUCCUUUUGAAACUGAAGAGGAUGUCAGAGGACUAUCUUGGAAUGCCGGUUUCCAAAGCAGUUAUUUCAGUGCCAGCAGAGUUUGAUGAAAGACAACGAAACUACACAAUUAAAGCAGCAAGCCUUGCAGGACUGGAGAUUUUGCGGAUAAUUAAUGAACCCACUGCAGCAGCAAUGGCGUAUGGUCUUCACAAAGCUGAUGUUUCUAAUGUUCUGGUAGUAGACUUGGGUGGAGGAACGUUGGAUGUUUCUCUGCUAAACAAGCAAGGAGGGAUGUUUCUGACCCGGGCCAUGGCAGGUAACAACAAACUUGGAGGGCAGGACUUCAAUCAACGAUUGAUGCAGUACUUAUAUGAUGAGAUCCAUCACACGUAUGGCUCUCUGCCCUCCAGAAAGGAAGAGAUACAUAGACUCAGACAGGCUGUGGAAGCUGUCAAACUAAACUUGACAGUUCACAGUUCUUCCACAAUCAGAGUUUCUCUUACUAUGCCAAAGCAGAAGGACCACCAUGAACACCUGAAGGAAGAGAACAAGGUAUACAGCAAACAUGAGAAUGUCCCUUCAGAAAUAGAAACUGGGAUGAAAGAGAAUACGAGGGGCAGUCUUCCAGAAGCACAGAGCAGCACUUGGAAAAAAGUUCUGUUUGAAACAGAAAUUUCUCGGAAACUUUUUGAGACAUUAAAUGAAGAUCUUUUUGAGAAGGUCCUUGUGCCCGUUGAGCAGGUAUUGAAAGAAGGACAUCUACACAAGGCAGAAGUAGAUGAGAUUGUAUUAGUGGGAGGCUCCACCCGAAUUCCAAGAAUACGUAAAGUUAUUACAGAAUUCUUUGGGAAGAAACCCAACACUUCCGUUGACCCAGACCUAGCUGUGGUAAUAGGUGUGGCUAUUCAAGCUGGAAUAGUUGGGGGAUCAUGGCCCCUUCAAGUUAGUGCUGUAGAAAUUCCAAACAGGCAUUUACGAAAGACAAAUUUCAACUGAGCUUCAGUGUUCUUAAUUCUAUUUUAUUAUCUUCAGUUCCAUAACUAAGCAGAGUUCUAUUUGUCCUAACCUAUCUGCAUGUUGCUGGAUUGUUCAGCAUACAUUAGUUCCUCCUCCCUUCUCUCCCUUGUAAGGGAUUAGAAACCUAAAAUUGAGGGAAAUCUCUUGUUACUACUUGGGCUUCAGGAACACAUGAGCUCAUUUGUUAAAGAAAGCCAAUGAUCAGAACCGUUUCUGAAGCAUUUUAUUUUAUUUUUCUAAUUUAAUAAUCAACAGAACCUCAAGACUUCAUUACUUGAAGAAUGGGAUGAAAUAAUUCUGGAGUAAUGAUGGAGAUAGUGUUGGCAUAUCCUGGUAUUUCCCAGGAGUUUGUAUUGACUGUAAGCUGGCCUGGCAUGUAACAGUAUUAAUGCAGAUAGCACAGCUAAAGUUCAUCUUAAAUGGCAUUUAAAAGCACUUUUCUCAAUGUUGCAUUCAAGCUUGAAUGUGCUUCAGAUAGUGGCACUUUACUGAGAGCUGUUCUGCAGAUACUACCAAAAUCUAGUGCAGUGGAAUAUUACUAUCAAAAUUUCCCAUCUAAUGUGUUUCUUAACAUCAGCCGUGUGGAAUCAUCGCUAUUGAACACCUUAGUAUUUCCUAGUUUGAGGUAGAGGUGUCUACCCAUGUAGUGAAGGAUGCUAGUAGCUGUACACAUUACCUGUUGGGAACUUCAGUGAUUGGGUGGUAUAUUGACCUUGUUCAAACAGAAUGCUAAAACCAUGGUUUAGUGCCACAUGAAUGAGCCUCUGGUUUAUGCAUUCCCACCUUCCUUAUCCUCUGGCAGUCAGAAGAUUAGAAGCUUUUGUUUCCUUUUCAGUUAACGGCAGUUUGGCUUUAUACCCCAAACCUAAACUGUGGUUAGUGUACUGAAAGGAGGCAGCUUCAAAAGCCACUGUUUGAAGGUCCCUUGUCUUAAUAAACCAAAAUUAAGACAUACCACAGUUUGUCUAUGUAACAUUAAACCAUAGUCUAGUGUUGUAUCCAAACAAGGCCAGGGUACAAAGUUUUUCAGUUUUGAUCAAUUACUACUAAAGAUAUUCCAAAAUGCAGACAACUCUACCUUUGCUUUACUUGUUACUGUUUGUGCAAUUCAGAUAACAAUCUUUUUAACUAUUCCAUAAAAAAACACAAAGUAGCAAGUUCAGUCUAUGCUUUUGUAGAAAGUAUUGAAAAGAAAUAUUCCAGGACUCUUGAAAACACUCCAUUCUUGUUAAUAAGAAAACUGGUAUUUUCAGGCUGCUGAUGUUAAUCAGAAAUAUCAAAGUAAACAUCUCACUGUUUACUGCUCAUUUUUAUUUGCUUCUGAGAUUGCAAUGAAAGACACAGGGAUUCUCCUCGAAUCCUAAUGUGUCAAAAAAAAAAACUCAUACAGUGUUGCAUUGUAAAUGCAAGCAAUACUGAGUGUUCCUGGGUUUUCAUUCUUGUGGAGAAAUGUAAAGUACAAACCUGAGCUAUGACUGUCAGCAAUUUUCCUGACUAUGGUGGCUGGAAAACAUGCCAGCAAAAUUAAGUAAAUAUAGCAUUAUAUCCAAUUGCCCAGUUUACACUUCGUGUUAGUACACAUGGGUGCUUUGUCAGGUUGUCAGGAUCACACGUGUAGAGCAAAACCUAUUGACUCAAAGAACAUUGCUGAAACUGGUUGCCCUAUUAACAAUUCUGUGUUGUUUUUUGUGGGUGAAAGGAGGGGUGAAAAGGCGGCAGGUAUGGGUUUAAGGAUAGUAGGACUGGUUGUGUAUAGAGCAGGAUGCCUGGUGUAAACUGCCCUGUAUUUGUGUAGGUACUAUAGCCGAUACUGCUAAGUAGUGCUACCAAAUACUUGGCCAGGAUUUGAAGAACUGGGCAGCUAGUUCUAAGAACCCAAGGAUCCCCCCAUUUCAAAUAUCAGUCCCCAUUCUGCAAAGCAAGCUGCUUUUAAAAUCUGAACAGUUUUGAAAGCAGUUUUUCAUCGAUCAUAGGUCUUCUGAGUUUAUGGGUGUCAGCUGUUCAAUGAAAAAAAAAACACCAAAAAUUGCUCUAGAUCUUGUGUGAGCCUAAAUAGCUCAUUGAAGCUGGAUCAAUUCACAUUUGGGAUCAAAAGGAGUAGACUAGUUUUAUUUUUAAAGGGACCUGUUUUGGUUUUUUAGGUGUACAACAGCAGGAAGAAGGGAGCCAAAUAAAAUGAGAAUAUUGGCCACAGAUUGUUAAGGAACUAAAGAUAGAGCUUAUUCAGGCUGUCUUUACAGUUUCAGUGGAUAGAAAUGUAGCAUUGUAUCCAAAGCUGGCUAGGUGUGAGCAAAAUGGACUUCCACUCAUUCCACCCGCCACCUUCAGCCCCUCUGUCUGUGUGCUGUCAGGCUUCCCUAAAAGGUUUGGGGACCCCCUCUGGAGCAGAUUUUGGAAAGGAAGGUAAAGUCCUGUGUACGAGAGGAAGUCAGCUUACACCAUGUUGCAUUCUGCUCAUUUACUAUCUCAGCCUUUUUAUACUCUUGCCAACACAAGACCAACUCCUGUUGCCUCUAAAACUGGUAGCAGUGCUUCCAUAUAUUAAUGGAGUAAGGGUGACCCUUCUUGCUUGACUUGGCAAGAAGAGAAAGCUUUGCCUCACAGCUUCCUGUAAAUGCCGUUUUAUCAGUCCAUUUUUAUUGAAAGCGUACACUAGAACCUUAAAUUGCCAAGUGAUGAUUUUAUGUGGCAAGACAAAGUUACAAGCUUAAACUAUGUAAAUUUGGAUCAAAUAUAGGUAAGGAUUAAGCAUAGUUGAAGUUAAAACUGUAAGACUUCCAGACGUUAAAUUUCCUGCAGUUGUAUUUUGUGUAUCAAAUUCACAUUGAUCAGAGACUAGAAUAGUUUCUGAAGAGUAGAGAGGGGCAACCAUUUCUGGCAGGCCUAAUUGUAACAAACUGCUUUAACUGCUGGGGUAUAAACAGCAGCUUGUUCAAGUGUUGUUAAGGCAGGCCUCUCUGUUCAUGGUAAGCAGAGCAGACUUGAUUUCGUUCCCCACUGCUUACUGUUAGAUGAUGCUGGAGCAGGCUUGCCAGCACUCUUAACCCUAACCUUAUGAGCUGCUGUGCUGGUCCAGUAUCUUGUAGAACCUGAGUAGAGUUAAGGUUCACUAUAACGUGUAGAAAAAGUUGUUUUGCAGAGAAGUAAAUCUAUUUUGGACAUUAACAGCAAACUUUCUUAAACCAUCACAUGACCCCUAUUUUUAAAAACAAAUUAUAGUAAGAUGUCGGUUUUACUGAAGCCAUUGCCUUUAAAAAAAAAAAAAAGAACACGCAUUCAGAUUGCUCUCACAAAUUUCUAUAACAGAAAUAUAUAUGAGAAAACAAGACUUCUCCUUGCUUAUACUCCUAGAUUUGAAUCCUAAUUGAGUUAGCUAAGUAACAUAUCAGCCUUUCUUGCUCAAACUACAGUUCAUUUGAGAUUGUGGCACAUAAAAUGGGUAAGUUCGGUUGCAGACUACUGUGAAACAGGUUUUCUGUGUGGAAAAUGCUAAUUUUGUUUGGAGACUACAUUUACAAAAGUGUCUUUUUGUAUUAUCAAAAUAAAAGACUUUUUAUACUA